AACAAAUUAAUUUUUUUAGAAGAAAAACUUCAAAAAGAAUACAUGAAUAAAAUGGAAAUUAUAAAGUAGUGCUUUUGUUAUUAAACAAAUCAUAAUGGAAGAUGAUAAUUGCAAUCAAAUUUUUGCUGAUAUGCCAAGUAAUACUGACCCAUUGCGCUCUUUAAGCACCAUAUCUAGAAGGAGUUUGCGUCGCUCAACAUCAAGCUCAGCUCAUAGACAACAGUUGCAGGGCAAUAAUAAAGAUGCUUCACAAGUUUUAAACUUGAUUGAUCAACAAGAUGAUAUUGAUGGAAGCAAAACAAUUAAAAUGUUGGCUGCACCUAUGGCUAAAAGAAAAUCUAUUAGGAACAUUCAAAAAUUAAGAAGAACAUCUAUGAAAUAUCCAGGAAAAGAACUUUCUUAUUGGAAAGCAUUAAAAUUAAGGACAGCAAUGGCAUUGGCCUUAUUCAAAUCUCGUGGAAAGGAUUGGUUUAAUGGCUUAGAACUAUGGAGAGGACAAUUUAAAGAAGUGGAAGCAAAUUUUGGAAAUGGCGUUCUCUCUUACUUUGUGUUCUUAAAGUCAUUGCUCUUUCUAAAUAUUGGCAUCUUUAUAGUUGAGUUCAGUUUUGUUGUCAUACCUCAAAUACUAAUAAACCACAAUCUGUUAAGACCAAAUUCCAACAAUACUGAAAGUUGUUUAAAACAAGUAGCUUCUUAUGUUAAUCACUCUAUAGCUAAUCAAAUGUUGGAUUUUGUUACUGGUCAGGGGUUCAUAAACACAACACUAAUGUUCUACAGUAAUUAUGGCGAUCAAGUGGUUUACAGUAAAAGUGGACAUUCAUAUGAUAUUCCAUUUGCAUAUAUUUUGGUUGGCGGAUCUUACAUUCUUCUUAGUCUGUUAAUGAUGGUAAAAAACCUGUCUCAAGGAUUCACAGAGAGUGUUAUAGAAAGUGGGGGCUUCUUUUAUUCUUACUGCAACAAAGUAUUUGCUGGCUGGGACUAUUGUAUAACAAAUGAAAAAGCUGUUACUCUUAAAAACCAUUGCAUUUACAAUGAUUUUGAGACAGAAUUAGCUGAAGAAAAACGUUUGGAAUUAAUGAAAAAUCGAACACGUUGGGAUAUAACCAAAAUUUACUUUAUGAGAUCACUUGUUUCAUUAUUUGUUAUGUUGAUGUUAGCUGGAUCAAUAUACGUCAUCAUUAAAUCUGUUGAAGUUUCACAAAACACAAAUUUAAAUGCAACAGGUAAUUCUUUUGUUACUAUUAUCAAAAGAUGGGCAUCUUCAUUGACAAUCAGCAUCUUAAACAUCAUUCUUCCACUUUUAUUUGAUGUUCUUGCAUCUUUUGAGCAAUGGAGUCCUCGAAUAGAGCUUGCAAUGUCACUUUGGAGAGCAGUUUUAUUAAAAUUAGCAUCUGUUGCUGUGUUAAUAAUUACUCUAUAUACUUCAUAUUCAAACAACGAUGGACAAAAGUGUUGGGAAAAUGAAAUAGGAGCUCAAAUGUACAACUUGAUUAUUAUUGAUUUUAUCAUUAGUGUUGCUUUGACAAUAUUUACGGAAACUGGUAGAAAAUAUUUAUAUCGAUAUGCCGAUUGUGGUUACAACAUAGGUCGAAAAAUUGGAAUGCAAGAGUUCCAAAUACCUCAAAAUGUUCUUGAUCUUGUUUACGGACAAUCUCUUUUAUGGAUUGGUUCUUACUUUGCACCUCUUCUUCCUGUAAUUGGUGUCCUCAAGUUAACAAUUAUGUUUUAUGUUAAAAAGAUAAGUUUGAUAUACAACUGCAAACAAUCUUCUACUUCAUAUCAGGGAGCAAGGUCCAAUUACUUUUUUACUCUUCUCCUUUUGCUCAGUUUCUUAAUGUGCACUGUUGCUGUUGGAUGGGGUUUAACAAGAAUCUCCACUUCUUGUUGUGGUCCAUUUAGGAAAACAGAAGCUAAACCAAAUAAAAUAAUGCUGGAUAUCAUUCUUGAAAGAAUAGCAAAAUGGCCAAAUUUAAUCUCAAAUAUUAUAAACUUUUUGCGAACAACAGUCUUUCUCUUCCCUCUGUUUAUUGUUAUUUUUUUGCUGCUUUAUUAUUAUUAUGCAAUGACCAAGUCUCAUGAAAAAAUGAUUAUUAUUUUAAAAGACCGGCUAAUAAUGGAGGGUCGCGAUAAACGUUUUUUAAUGGAUUUGCUGAUGAGAGAAAGUUUAAAUAAGCAAACGGCUGCUGAUGCAUCUCUCGUUCCACGUAUGACUCCUGUUAGUUUAUAAUUUAAAAUCUUAUUUAUAAGUAAUUUAUAAAGCGAUAUAAGGUGAUUAUGAAUAUUGAUUUAAUUUAUUCAAAAAAUACUCCAUUGUUUUUAGAUUAAUUUUAGAAUAACUCAAAAAAAGUUAAUUUAAUAGUCUAGAUAAGUGAUGGAAAAGUUUUUACUUUAUUUUUUACUAAUUACCUUGCUCAAUUGCUAUCAGUAAUUCAAGUUAUUUAUGGGUUGAUGCAAAUUAACGUUAUGUUCUUGAUGUGAUUGCGUUUUUUGAAGAUACUUUGUUUUACUUUGGACAUAUUUUUGCUGGCAUAUUUGUUAUCGUCUACCUAGUUGAUAAAUAUAAUCAAAAGCUUCAUGUUAGCUAAAUUUCUGUUUUGUUUUGUUGAAAAGUUUUUUUUAAAUGUAAAAUAUUGUUAUAUAGUUCAUAUAAUUUUUGAAUUUCCUCU